AGAUACGUGGUUGCGGCCUCAUACUGUCGAAAUCUAUAUUAUAGAUACGCAAGCUGUAAGGAUGCGUUGUGUUUAAGAUCUUAAGUUAUGUUUUUUCAUCCCCCCCCCCCUCUCCUCGCGACGGAAAUUGAAAUUUCCCGCGCUUAUUCAUAUUUGCUCAAUUCCCACUUUGGCCUGUAGAGGCCGCUUUCAUCUGAUAGGGGGAGAGGAAGGAAGGGGAGGGCACGAUUUUCUCAUCGCUGCUGCCAGCUCGCGAUUUGCGAGUUCGUCGGCUUUUGUUUGGAUUUCAAUUUGUAAACAACUGUGGGAUCACGUUUAGUUCGGUUUAGUGAAGUUUUAGUUCCCUUUCCAGCGAGUAAAUUAAUACCCUCGAGCGUGCAGGGUUACCUAUUUUUGCCGGCUCAGCAUUGAAAUCAACCGAUCAUUUACCCCCUUCAAACAAUGCAUUCUUCGUCAGUUUAAUGGAGCCAGUGUUUGUUCGUCUUCAACUUUGCUGUCGAGUGACAGUCUCUCUGAAUCUAGUCGUAUCUGAGUGAGAUGGGAAUAUUUGAACAAUCCAGCUUAUUCAGUCAGUGUUCAAUUCUUCUCUGAGCUCUUCAAAAUUAGGAGAAUGAAUUGGUUUGUUCACGUUGUCGCUUUCCAUCCAUACAUUGUUCUCAUCGCUAUUGGCGUUUUGUCAUCCUCCUGCCUAAUAAUUCCACUGGUAACCAAGAAUCUGCCUGAUUUUCAAAGUCCUCAACUGGGAUUUGAGGCUCGUGGAAAUGACAUUGGUCAAAGGCUGACUGCGUUGAGUAAUUUGGAUGAUGAAACUCGGUAUACUGGUUCAUUGACAUUAAAUCCAAGUGAGUUGCGUCUAGCAGAGGAGUAUGCCAAAAGACCUAAACCAACAUACAGUCCAGAAGAGGAGGAAAUGGACAUGGAAGAUUCCGAUGAAGAAGCACCUGAUGGCAAAAAUAACAAAAAACUAUCAACAUCAAACACUUCUGUGAUUGUGGAAGAAAACCAUAGGAACAAGACCACGGAAGAUGAAGAAUGGGAAGAAUUACACUCCCCAGAUUUAAUUCAUCAUGGACCUACGUAUUACGGAGAUGACUAUUUUUGUGGUUCUCCAAAUGGGGAUUAUGCUCACCUAGUUGUGGCUACAGCAUUAAAUAAUGAUUUACUUUCCUCUCUUCAUGCUAUCUACGAAAUGUGCGAGUUUCAAGACUACCUAACCAGCAAAGCUGAGUAUCAUCAAAUUUGUGAGGCAAAUAGUCAGGGUCAAUGUUGUCCCAUUUGGUCUGUGCCUAAUUACUUAGCAAUGUUGUACAAUCGUACCUCAUGCUAUAAUAUAACCUUACAAGAUAUAUACGAUUUUGUAGAUUUGUUGGAGAAAUGUGCUCCGCAUUAUUAUAAGUUGGAAUUAUCUCCUAAUAUUGAAUCCUCCAACGUUCCUCCUGAGUGUUCAAAACACAAUGCAGCGUACACAAUUCUUCAUUACCUCGUGGAUACAGAUUUUCUUCCAGCCAAACAAAGAAGUGGUGAGCUGAAAAGUACGAUGAUGUUUUUGCCGAUUGCUCGGAGUUCCUCCUCUAUUCCAUUUUAUGAAAGCAUUGACACAAAUGACUUAAAACUAAGCUCAAUAAAAUUAGCAGCAGUUGAUUUUGGAUUGAAGAAUUUGCUCUUUGACAAGUAUUUGGUACGUGAUCUUUAUCUGGUGGCUGCAGGCUCUAUUUUCAUCCUACUAUGCAUCCUGGUCUACACACGGUCUAUUUUCAUCACGGUUAUGACCAUCUUGGCUGUGAUCUUCUCGUUGGCAAUAGCGUAUUGUUUCUACAGUCUUGUUUUAGGCUUGAAAUUCUUCCCAUUUAUGAAUGUUCUAGCAGCAAUCGUUGCCAUAGGAAUUGGGUCAGAUGAUGCUUUCAUUCUUUGCAAAGUUUGGAAAACGUUCAAAAAGGAAAAACCUCACGAUAUCAUUUCCUUAACUCAUAACAUACUUCGACAUUGUGCUCUUGCAUUAUUUGUCACAACCAUCACAACUUGCGCUGCUUUUUUCUCAUCUUUCAUCACAAAUAUUACAUCUAUUAAAUGUUUCAGUAUCUUUGCUGGUGUGUCAGUGGCAGCCAACUUUAUCCUGAUGCUCACCUGGUUGCCUGCUUGCAUUGUGAUCGUCGAAAGAUGGUUUCCAUCAUCUCAUACUUAUCGUUCCCCAAUGAGCAGUCUGACCUUGCUCAAUGUAGAGUUGAUUAAUAUCGGAUCCAGUUUAGCCAGAUUUUUAGUUAUGUUGGUCGUGAAGUUCAAGUACCUUUUUGUCCUCAUAUUUGGGUGCUUGGGAGCAGCUAGCAUCGUUGUUGUUUUUUACUACCCAAAGCUGAGGCUGCCAGAUACAGCAGAAUUUCAGCUCUUCCGAGCAGAGCAUCCGUUUGAACAGUAUGACCUUGUAUACCGAGAGAAGUUUUGGUUCAUGCGUCUUUCAAAGGGUGAUGCAUGGGACAAUCCAGCGGUCAAUAAAAUGCCUUUGCAAUUUGUAUGGGGUGUUCUGCCCAUCGACACCGGUGACUAUCUCGAUCCAUUAUCACGAGGAAAAGUACAUUUUGAUCCAAGUUUUGACAUGUCUGAUCCUGAGUCUCAAGCUUGGUUGCGUCGUUUCUGUGCCCAACUCCGAAAUCAAACUUUCUACGCCCCGACACUUGAUCUUUUGCUCUCCAAUUGCUUCAUCGAAAGUUUUAUUGAAUGGAUGAAACAGCGUUGUAUUGAUCGUGUCACCCAAAUAAGCAGAGCCCCUUGUUGCGAAUCGGAACAUUUUCCAUUUUCUAAAAAAGUUUUUAGUAUUUGCAUUAAGAGGGCUGUGGAAAGCCUGCAUCGAACCCCUAGAGAGUACUUUGGGUCUGCUCUGGCUGGGCCGAAAUUUUCAAAAAAAGGGAAGAACCACAUAAGAGCGGUCGUCGUUGAGUAUCAAAGCAAUGUCACGCAUUCGACUUCCUUUGUCAAGAUGCACCAGUUUUAUACUGAGGUUGAAGCCUGGACUAAGAAAAUCAUGAGUGAGGCCCCACGUGGUAUGCGUAAUGGUUGGUUCAUCAGUGAUCUGCAAUUCUACAAUCUGCAACUAACCCUUGCCGAAGACACUGUUUUAUCAAUAGCUGUAUCAAUGCUGGUAGCUUUUGUCGUACUCCUUGGAGUUACCCUGAACAUCAUACUUAGUUUUCUAGCCAUCAUUACUGUCACUUUAAUCAUAACAGUAACGGUUGCCAUCCUCGUACUUUUAGGCUGGCAACUCAACGUUUUAGAGUCAGUUGCAAUGAAUGUUGCCAUAGGUCUAGCUGUAGACUUCAGUCUCCAUUAUGCUGUCAACUACAGGCUAUGUCCAUCAAACAAUUGCAGGAUUUCUUGCGUUGUGUACUCGUUGUCUAUGAUGGCAGGGCCUACAGUAAUGGCGGCUUUAACAUCUGGUGCUGCUGGAGCGUUCAUGCUGCCAUCAGACGUUUUACCCUACCGACAAAUAGGUAUUUUUCUCAUUGUUGUGAUGACAAUCAGUUGGCUUUACUCAACCUUCUUCCUCAUGCCGUUGCUAUGCAUCAUGGGGCCAGAGAACGACUUCGGACAGUUCUCAUAUCCGAAUAUAAAAUUGUGGCUGAGUUCUCUCAAAUCUCAUGAUGGCUCUAAGUGCAGAAGCGUGAGUAGCUCAGUUUUUGCCAACAUGCUGUCUGAUUCACCAUUCUCAGUUUCAAGUGUAGCCGGUAGCAACCAGAACUCUUGCUGUGAGACUCAUGAACUCGACUCCCUCCAGUAUUCAAAUUGCAACAAGGGUAAAAAAUCCCAAAACAAAACGAAGCAUAGAGGAACCACCCUUGCUGAUCAAUCUCCAUCAGCUGUAAGCUCGACAACCAUUAUUCAUGAUGACGAUUCAAACAGUAUUGUAUGUUAAGAAUUUAUCUGUGUUGUGCUAGCCACAAUACUGAGCAUAACAAAAAACUGCUAACUGGCCCCGCAGAGUUGAGGUGUAAAGUGAAACCUUCCUUUUUCAGGUCCAAGAUCGAGUACUUUAGUUUUUACCCUUUGAACUCUUACAUGCCUAGGUGAAACAAAAAUGUCUCUGUGUUAUAAUUCUAAUGGUCUCAUAAAAGUUAUCACCAAAUUCAACCGCUUAGAGUAUAGUAUAUAUUGACUUGAAAAGGCACCAUUUUGAGCUUUAUUUUAUGAGCUUUGGAACGUCAGUACUUAUUUUAUUUUUUUAAUUAUAGGUGUAAACUCUGUGUUGAUGAACAGAAAACAUAAUACUCGUAUUGAUCGUUGGUGUUUUACAUGAUGUUUUAUUCUUUCACACUUAGCUUAGAGGCAGGUACAUGUGUACCUAAGUAUUAGCUUUCAGGAGUUUUACUGAAGUCCUGUUUUCAGUUGCUCCCUGCUUACCACAUAUUGAUUCCUUUGUAUGUACUUAAAUAUUUUCACAAACAGUCUGAAUUGAUGCUCACUAAUUUAGUUGGACAUAGGUUUUGUGUCCUAUUUUUUAAGUUCUGACUUGCUCAAUUUUAUCCAUUCCUGCGAAUUAGGUAGAACGAGUUCCUGCUGUGAGCAGCACUAGUUCUAAUUUGCCUAAUUGUGCUAAUGAUUUUCGGUAGGUGAGUGUAGCUUAAGCUACACUUUAUCUCAGGUGAUCAGAAUCGUAUUUGAAUACAUUUUAUUCAUCUAAGUAUGAUGUAUAAGUAGCUCUUUGAUUUGAUCAAAAUGUGUAAUUUUUUGCCAUAUUUUAAUUGUAAAUGAAUGAAAGUAGACUUUUAAAGUGUAACAUAACCUCUAAAGGUCAAAAGUUUGGAGAGUUGUGAUAGCUCAUGAAAAAA